GUGAUUUGCAAAAGUGCAAAACUGUCGGUUCAAAUGGAUUUGCUAUAGAACUGUAGAUUCUAUUUAUUGAACAAUUUUGAUUGCUUACAUAAUGGUAAUUUUCAGCUUAUUUUUCCACUGAAUUACAUCAUAGGUUUACUGUUGUAGUUUGGGGAAGUCGUCGCAAGAGGGACGAAGUUUCAUCAGCCCUGGUGUGAUGACAACGGAUCUUGAGUCCAGUGGUGCUGAUUCUUCUCUGAGAAGGCACUCAAAUGCUAUGACCCCAAUGGAUGAUGAUAGGCAUGAUGUAAUGGAAAAGGGUAGUGUUUUGCCCAUUCCUGUGGAUGCUUUGGCCACUGCCUCCCCUGUAUCGCCAUCGACAGUGGAUGUUGGGCCUCCUCUGAGUCCUCUUUUGACCAAGGAUAUCACUCUUUCUGUUGACAAAAACACAAAGCAAGAGAACAAGAAAGAGCUACCAUGGCUAUUGGAUUACGGUUCACACCUUGUCCAUCUUGCUGUUUUCGGAAUUCUUGGGGUUUUGACAAGGUACGGUCUGGAGAACCUGUUUGGCCCCGGAGUAAUUGGCCUGACAAGCGACCAAAGUGUUCUGUACCUUGAACUUGCUCCUAAUAUGGUUGGCUCGUUCUUGAUGGGGUGGUUAGGUGUUGUUUUCAAAGGAGAUAUAUCCAGAGUUUCCGAUCAUCUAGCCGUUGGACUGACUACUGGUUACUUGGGAAGUCUCACAACUUUCAGUGGCUGGAACCAGCGAAUGCUUGACCUCAGUGUUCAAGGCAAAUGGGCUGUUGUGUUUGGGAUUCCUUUAGGCUUCAUUCUUGCUGAUUACUCCAUCAUCUAUGGGAUUAGGACAGCUAAGGUCUUCAAAGGGUUUCUGGAAACAUCAAAUGUACUCCCCUUAAGUGAGCCUUCGAGCUUUAAAAGCAAUGGGAAGGUGGACCACUUCAAGCGCCAGUGUGCAGUCAUGUUUGUGCUUCUAUUGGCUCUAGGCUUGGUAUGGGGUGCCGGUGGAGCUUUCGUGAAGAGAGAGUUUGGCCAUGGUGGCAGUGGAGUGCAGCUACUGUUAGGCUGCAUUGUUGGGCCUUUCGGUGUGUGGAUCCGGUGGCUCUUAGCCCGCCAACUCAAUGGACGUGGCUUUGGAAAAUCCGGCCGGUGGAAAUGGCUUCCCUUUGGUACUCUGAUCGCCAAUGUUUCUGCGGCUUGUCUCAUGGCGGCACUUGCAACACUACAGGAAGCGGUUAAAACAAAGACUUGUGAUACAAUAGCAACAGGCAUACAGUUUGGGCUGUUGGGUUGUCUCAGCACUGUUUCCACUUUCAUUGCUGAGGUUCACUUGCUGAGAGAGAGCAACCAGCCUUGGAGAGGAGAUGCUUAUGCCAUAGUCACCAUUGGCGUGUCCUUUGGCCUGGGCACCUUGAUCUACUCGGUACCUGUUUGGACACGGCGAUACAAUUAGGAUACACUGAGUACAGUGCUUUGAUUCUUUCUCGAGGCUGCGUUUGGAUCGUAAAUUUGUAGAGAGAUUUAUCUAGAGGAAAGGAAAAUGAGGGGGAACCAAGCAAUUAUCUUUGGCAAACCCAAUACAAGACAAUAACAGAAUAACCAUUGCAGAAGACCCAUGAGGGUAAUUUGGACUAAAUAAUUCAUUCUUUCCAGACAGUUACUAUUAUUCUUGGUGUUCAGUUAACCCUUUUGUAAUGUCAAAUUUGUUGUACACAAUAUUCACGUCUUCUGUAUAAUGAGAGUACAGUUGUUAUUGUUGGUGUUUA